AUGUAUACAUCUAUCUAUCUAUCUAUCUAUCUAUCUAUCUAUCUAUCUAUCUAUCUAUCUAUCUAUCUGUAUAUUUUUAUUGCUGGUAAUAUAUUUUUUUCUAUCUAUCUAUCUAUCUAUCUAUCUCUAUCUAUCUAUCUAUCUAUCUAUCUAUCUAUCUAUCUAUCUAUCUAUCUAUCUAUCUAUCUAUCUCAUUAUAUAUUUGCUUACUCAUUUAUUCAUAAAAAUAAUUUAGGACAUGAUAGAAAUGAUCAAAAUUCUGAAUAUCUAUCUAUCUAUCUAUCUAUCUAUCUAUCUAUCUAUCUCUAUCUAUCUAUCUAUCUAUCUAUCAUUAUGUCAGUUAUUCUCCAAAUUUUCUUCAACAAUUUUUCUCAUUGGAUUCUUGACCAGCUCACCUUUCCAGCAUCUCUCGCUUUCUAUGCUCAAUUUUCUAGAAUUUAUUUUUCCGCUCACUUUUCUCUUUCUAUUCUCACCUUUCCAGAAUAUGUCUCUUCCUCUGCUCAUAUUCCCAGAAUUCUCCCUCUUUUUCUGCUCACAUUUCCAGAAUGUCUCUUUCUAUGUUCAUUUUUUCCAGAAUCUCUCUCUUUCUCUACUCAUAUUUCCAGAAUACCACCUCUUUCUAUGCCCUCAUUUCUAGAACAUGUCACUUUCUCUGCUCAUAUUUUCAGAAUAUCCUCUCUUUCUAUGCCCUUCUUUCUAGAAUAUGCGCGGCUGUUUUCAGCCUCUUUUUACAAUAUAUUAUUUUAUAUCAUAUAUUGUAUAUUACUACAUCUAUCUAUCUAUCUAUCUAUCUAUCUAUCUAUCUAUCUAUCUAUCUAUUAG